GCAGUUCUCUCCGGAACUUGGCAUGCCGCGUGGCUCGCUCCAGGUGUAGAAUCCAGGCCAACCGGCAGUCGCAGCUGAACUUGUUGCCUGCGAUGCAUCGUCGGCAAACGGUUCAAUAAACAGCUGCGGAGCAGUAGCGCAAACAUGCAGCGAUCGAGCGAAUGGACUGCGCAAUUUCGAAAGCAUCCGCAUAAACUGGAAGAACCUUAGCUACACGGUGAAUUCUGGAAAGCAGUUAAAACCGCUCGUGGACGACUUAAGUGGCGAGGCUCUUCCGGGGACGCUUACGGCCAUCAUGGGUCCUUCCGGUGCUGGCAAGACAACGCUGCUAAACCUUCUCACUGGGUUUUACGACAAGAGCUACAAAGGUGAAGUCCAAAUCAACGGCAACGUGCGCGACCAGGCACUGUUCAACAAGCAGAGCUGCUAUGUGAUGCAGGAGGAUCGCCUUCUACCUGCUCUGACUGUUUACGAGGCCAUCUCUAUGAGUGUCGAACUGCGCAUGCCUACGUUGUCGAAAAUUGCCAAAGAGGAGAUGGUGGAACUGUCAAUCUCGGAGUGGGGAUUAGGCGAGUGCCGCGACACUCGAACAGAAAACCUAUCGGGCGGCCAACGGAAGCGGUUGGCUAUAGCCCAAGAGUUGGUCAACAACCCUCCCGUGUUGUUCCUCGACGAGCCCACCAGUGGGUUGGACAACGUGUCAAGCCUCAUGUGCGUCCAAGCCCUUAAGAAGAUGGCCUUCGCUGGGCACACUGUCAUCUGUUGUAUACACGCUCCUAGCGCCAAGAUAUUCUCCUACUUUGACAGGCUCUACAUGGUGUCCAGCGGCCGCUGCAUCUACAAUGGCAGGGUCGACGAGCUCAUUCCGUUCCUAGCACAACGUGGCUUGCACUGCCCCGAGUAUCACAAUCCCGCCGAUUACAUUUGUGAGAUAGCUUCGGAAGAACACAGCGACCACUGCGAAAGACUAAGCGCCGAGUUUCGGAUUCCACUUAGUAGCGCCGAACAAGGCGUCGAUUACAGCAGCACGACUAUUUAUGGCGGAAAAGUCAUGACGGAACAGGAAAGAGCAGAGCAGUACCGGAUGUACUCGUUUAAAGUCAACCAGUUCCAGCAGUUCCGGACGUUGCUCAGGAGGUGCUGGUUAUCGAUUAUACGAAAUAAGGUGGCGACCAUGUUGCGUGUGCUGGCGUACGCGGCGUUUGCGGUGAUGUCCAUCGUCCUUUUCUACGACAUCGGCAGCCGCGCCACCACGGUGGUGCACAGCGUGAAGCUUUACUUCGUCGUGGUCUGCAUCUGCGUCGUCCAGACUGUGUUCCCUUCGACAGUUGUGUUUCCGGUGGAGGUGUCCGUGUUAGUCAGGGAGCAGCGAAAUUGUUGGUACGGUCUCAAGAUGUACUACCUGGCAUACUACUUCGCAGAACUGCCGUUUCUCGUGGUUCCCGUAUCGUUGUACAUGGGCGCAAUCUAUUACCCGACAGCGCAACCACAGGAAUUGUGGCGCUUCGCCGCCAUGCUACUGUUCUCCAUCCAGCUGUGUGGCGUUUCACAAGCCAUUGCGCUCUCCGUGUCAGCACUCUGCACCGUGCAGUUAGCUCAAAGCGCCCAAAGCUCCAACACAGAUGCUGAAGUGCAGGCCAGAACACAGAAGGCAAGUAUGUAAAGAUAUACUCACGUAAAUUUCCUGUACGCGCCCAGACAUUCCGCCCUCUGCGUUACUUUCAAACGGGAAAAGAAACAACACGUGGCCCUCAGAAAUAUACACGCUAUAUUAAAAUCCGAUAAUAUUAAAAUUUAUGACUAACUUUAAGACAAAUACAUUAUCGGUGAUACUUUUUGAUGUCACAGUAUUCUUGAGGAUUCUGUACCAGAUUUCAACACUCCAAAAUGUCAGGUUUCGGGGCCAGUAUUUGUGUACUUAAAGAGGCCCGGAAACACUUUCCCAGCUAAUCAUAGAAUGGCCUCGCUAUUGACCUCCAAAUAUAUGCAGUUUAUCGCACCGAUACCCGGCUUUCUCUCUCUCUUCGUCUCCGCUAGCGCACAGGAGGCUCCGCAGCGGAGAAAGCAGAAGGGAAAAGUCCCGGCAAAAAAAAAAAAAAGAAAAAAAGAUUGAGUGCCGCAGCGGCAAAAGGGCUCGUCUCGGCACCACCCCGAGGCGGCCGCGGUAGGCUGCGCUACGCAGGCCGCCACCGCCACUGCCAUCUCGCAGGCCACGCACAGCGGGCGCAGCUACGCGCAGUGCAAAAAUUAAUUGAUUUUUUUUUCUUUUUUGAGAUUGCAGAUAUACAUAUAUUUUUUUCAUUUAUUUAACUCGAAAUUAUAAAUUAUGUCUUACUUAGAAUGCUCUUGCGAUCGGAAAAUCAGCCAAUAGCCUUGCGGAAGCGAGAGCGAGAGACUCCUUGCUGUUUUUGUCACGAUAUUGUAAAUUACCUGCUGCAUGCAGUGCCGCAGCAAUUGGCUCACAUGUUCGCAGCAGCCUCUACGCCAGAAAGGUAACAAUUUCUUGCAAUGUUCAAAAUAUUAUUUCCGGGCCUCUUUAAGCGAUCCGUGGAACCGUUAUAAGGCACACUUCAGCAAAUUCCUGGUUCUGUGGCUUUUGGGUUACCUCUGCUGUGUCUAAGAAAAGCAAUGCAUUUAUAUAGUACGAUUUCUCCUCAAGUAUCAGCUUGAAAAAAUAAGUGCCGCUAAAUGAUGACCGAUAGCGCUACGCAAGGAAUUACUCAAUGCGUAUGAAAUACCAUGCCAGUUUUCUUACUUAAUAUUAAACAUGCUUUUAGUCAAUUCCAAUAAAAAUAGUACAAAAGCAUAAUGUUGUGUUACAGUGGGAAUUUUGUUGAAAGAGAGCUGCGCAAUUUAAGAGGGCAACUGAAAAAGUAAUAUACACUUGGGUAAACUGCUAUUUAAACUUCUAGAAAUAUGUCAGUGUCACUUGAAGUGACUUUUGAUAAACCAGGAAUAACAUGAUAAUUAAAGGCGGGCGACCGGCAGCACCUACAAGUUCUUGCAACAGUUCCAUACAAAUCGAUUUUGGCAGCGCCUGCUCACUCUGUGCUAUGGCUAGCUAUGUGCUUGUCGGUAAAAGUUAAAUCGCGUUUGCGAGUACGGGCUCAGCCUGACAACUUUCAAGAGUUGUUACGAAGAAGAAAAAAAAAAUUAAUCCCUGACCAUUGGAAAUACCGUAGCAUCCCUUAAGUCAUGCUGAUGUCAUCACUGUCGCAAA